AUGAACGUGAUCCUUGUCCUCGCGUGGCUCGAGCGGUGCGUGGCGUUGACGGUGCUCAUCACGGGCGGUAACGGCGGCAUCGGAUCGGAGCUCGCGAUCAAGUUCGCCGCGGCGGGCCAUGACGUGAUCGUCGCCUGCCGCGGGCGGUCCGCGCACGUCCACGAGCGCAUCGUUGAGGAGCGGCUCGAGUCGCGCGCGCGCAUCGUCCUCGGCCUCGACGUCCUCGACGACGCCAAGGUGGACGCCUUCUUCGACUCGCUCAAAGCCGAGGGCGUCGUCCUCGACAUCCUACUCGGCGGCCUAGACCUCAAACUCGUGGAACAGGUCUUCGCAAUCAACGCCGUCGGGCCAAUCCGCGUGACCCAGGCGGUCCUGAGCCGUGACCUCCUCAAAAUGCCGGGGGGCAAGCUCGGCAGCAUCGCGAGCAACACCGCGACGGGCGGGAUCUACGCCUACCGCAUGUCCAAGUCCGCGCUCAACGCCGCGGGCAAGUCCAUGGCCGUCGACCUCAAGGCCCGCGGCGUCGCCGUCGCCCUCCUCGUCCCCGGCUACGUCGCGACGCCCAUGAAUGGCGACAAGGGCGACGUCACCGCCGAGGCCAGCGCGCGCGGCCUCUACGCGCGCAUCGUCGACGACCUGAGCCUCACAAACUCCGGGACCUUCUUCGGCACCGACGGCGCUCCAGUCCCCUGGUGA